AUGGAGGAGGAAGAUCUAUCAGACAACCUCUUGUCUCGCAGAAAGAAGCCAGAAAAAAAAGUACUCUGUUACUCUCCUCCCUUGCAGUCGAUGAGGCAAAGCAUGUCUGUCCCGUAUGGAUUUCUCUCACUAUCUGACAGUAUGGUCUUUCUUUAUCUAUCUAUCUAUCUAUCUGAUGAUGAUGAUGAUGAUCUCCCUGGUGCAGGGAAAAGUACUUUUAUUGAAGCAUUUGGUAAACACCUCACUAGCCUUGGGUAUAAAGUAGCUGUUCUUCCUGUCGAUCCAUCUUCAAAAAUUACAGGAGGAUCACUGUUGGGAGACAAAACUCGGAUGCCAACAUUAACCCUUGAUGAAAAUGCUUACAUUCGUCCGUCUCCAUCAAGGGGUACCUUGGGUGGGGUAACAAGAACAACUAAUGAAACCAUACUUCUUUGUGAAAGUGCUGGCUACAAUAUUAUCUUAGUUGAAACUAUUGGAGUAGGCCAGUCAGAAUUCAUGGUAUCUGACAUGGUAGACAUGUUUUGUCUGAUUCUGCCCCCUGCUGGUGGAGAUGAACUACAAGGUAUUAAAAAAGGCAUUGUUGAAGUGGCUGACAUUGUCAUCAUCAAUAAGUCUGAUGGAGAUUUGGCACCAGCUGCUAGACGAAUUCAGGGUGAAUACCUGAGUGCCCUUAAAUAUAUGCGCAAGAGAAGCCGGGUUUGGGCCCCAACAGUGGUGCGGAUUUCUUCUAUAAAGAAACUUGGAAUCAAAGAGCUUUGGGAGAGAAUGGCAGAAUUUCAGACCAAGAUGUCCAGCAGUGGGGAACUGUUCCAUAAGCGGAAAAUACAACACAAAAUCUGGAUGUGGAAUUACAUCAAAGAGAACAUUUUGGAGAUGUUUCGAGAGCAUCCAUCAGUGAAAUCUAAACUGUCACAUUUGGAAGAACAGGUUGAUCAAAGGACGAUAAAUCCUGGUAUGGCUGCUGAUAUUCUUUUGAGAGAAUUCAUGAAUAGAUCAUGA